CCAUGAAGCUGUUUACUUUAAAGCCUCUGGGCCCGCUAUCGACCCUGCCAUUCAGAUAUAUAUCUACUGUUUAUUAUACAGCUCCAGUUUCUGCAAUCAGAUCAACCGAGUUCAAAACUCGCAACUAUUCCACCGUUAAAGAUGACACAUCUCAACCAGUCGCAGAGGCUGCUGAGAGAAAUGCAUUAGAAACCGAGUCCAUUGAUAUAGAAACAAAGGCUGAAGCUAUCAAAAAAACUCCUCGUAAAAAAACAGAGGAAGAGCAUUGGCAUGCUCGCUUUCCACUUCGCAAUCGAGCUCAUGACAAGUUUUUGAUGCCUUCUAUGCGAAACUUUGCCUUGCCUAAUCAGCCAUUUCCAAUGAAUCCAUACUUUAAGCCAGAUCCUCCAUUGUCAGAUAAAACCAGAAAAGCCAUCUAUGCUUUAUUUCUUGAAGAUCAAGCCUAUUGGACUCCUCGUCGACUCGCAGAACAAUUUGGCAUUGCUAUUGUUCGUGUGCAAGCCAUUCUUCGCUUGAAAGCUCUUGAAGGGAAAUUACAAAAAGAGGGAUCUCCACCACAAAUUGAAUUUACCAACGGAAUGGAGCGACUACUGGGAUCGCGAACAAUUGAAUACAAAAAGGAUCAUCCAUCCAAACUAUCAGAGCCUCUAAAAUAUAACUUUGGUGGAUCCAUGUCACAAUACAUUCGUCUGUUGGACGAAGAAGUCUCCGUUACACCCGAGGACGCCGCCAAACUACUUCAGAAGCAACCCUACAGCAACAAUUCAAUGAAACUUGAUUUAAAUGCCCCCAAUAUCAUCAAUCCACCAGCAGAAGUAAAGUCGCUUAUUAUAAACCGCAACGAUCGCUUGAAGAAUCGAUACAAGUUUAUGGUGGCUGAUACUAGCAAACCCAAUCCUUCUUUCAUUGUGCGAGACCAAUCUGGACAAUUAAGAAGAGCCACAAAUGUCGAGCUGUGGGAGCGUGCUCAUACUCGACCUCGAAAGUUUCGCAUGUGAUAAAGUCGAAAUUUUACAGCCAUAUUCACGUAAAAUAGAGUAUUUCUGUACUUAUCUUGCAGCGAUGGCCUCUAUUUUACUUCAGAAUAAACAAUGCUUAAAUAUGUGUUGCGUCUCCU